AUGUCGUUGGAACGGCAAAACAACUUUUUGAUGAAUCGCUCUCCAUUCUCCUCCUCCUCCUCAACACUGCUGUCAUCAUCAUCAACCACAACAUCACUUCCCUUAAUUGCUACGACCUCUCUUUGCCGUUCCUCUUCUCAAAUUUUUGAUAAUUAUUUUGGAAAUUCUUCAUCGUCGGAUUCAUCUCCGAUCACAUCCAAUGAUGGUGAUGAUCGUGAUGAUGAAUCAACAAUACCAAUCACAACUUCAUCCAUAAUUAUUUCAAACAAUCAUGACGCUAUUCCUCCACCUCCUCCUCCACGUGUUGCCAAACCUCUUCCUUCAAUUCCAAAAUUCCAAAAUCAUCAACAACAUCAUCUUACACCAACAAAUUCUCCUACUCUUCAACAACAACAACAAAUUUCACUAACAUCUCCUGCUACACAUUCACCUCCUUCAAUUAUUGUUUCAUGUUCUCAUCAUAAUCGCCACAUAACAGACCCGAUGCAAGCCUCCACUUGGAUUAAGGGUCUUCAGAUGUUUAUGGAUGAUUCACGAGGCGUAUUAUCAGCAUCAAGUGUAGCACGAACUACCAACAGGAAUGCUCUACCGGAGUCUCAAACAGCCAAUGUCGUUGAAGAGAAUGGAUCUUCAGUGAACAAAAAGAUGCACAAGAAGCAUUCAUCUUUCGGAGAGUCUAUCAGGCAAAAACUGAAAGUUUCUUCAAAGGCUUCAACAGGAACUGAAGUUGCAGAUGCUCUUGGAAAUGACGAAUACAUGUCAUCACCGAAUUCGGGUUUUUCUCCAAAAAGUCCAGGAAAUGCAAAACCUCUUCCUUUUCCAAUUAAGAAAGAAUCACACAGUCCUCUUUUACUGACACCAACUAUUUCUACUGAAACGUCAUCAUCGUCCAAUGAAAUUGCAAAACAGUUACAAAAGUUAAAGAAAACACCAGCCACUCCAACAUCAAAUUCUAACAAUACAAAUUUGGAAGUGAAAAACGACUCCAAUGCUCAAACAAAUGAGGACAAGCAAUUAUUUGAAGUAGUUGUUGUGGUUAAAUUAAGGAAAAAGGACGACAAGUUAGAGCCAUUUAUUCAUUAUGAAUUUCCACCCCAAACAGGUCGAAGUAGUAAGAGUCAGCAAAUUAUUAACAGUGUUCCUUUAUUUUGCUUUCCUGACAUUGACAUUGUUAAAGAACAAGAAUCCCUUUCAGGCGGAAAUAAGAAGACUUAUAGCUUUGUAUUAACAGAUAUUGAUGGUACACGAAAAUAUGGAUAUUGUCGACGAAUGUUACCGACUGGAACCGGAAAGCGGUUACCAGAAACAUUCUGUAUAAUCUCUGCACACUCAUGUUUUGGAUUAUUCUCAACAAUAUUAGAUAAUAUUGAAAUUAGAAACGAGAUUAACAACGUAUCGUGUUACCAAUUUUUAAAGACUGUACUUGCUAAUCCUUUCCCUUCUCCUGGAACUUGUACAAUAAUUCGAACAGUGAAUCCGAAAAGUGGUCAACAAGAAGAGGUUAAAUUAUCUCGACCCAAUGUGGCAGACCCCAUGUUGGAAUAUAUUAAUUUUAAUGUAUUAUUUGAAUGCCUUUCUGCUGAAAACCUUCUAACAGUAUUUUCAUUUCUACUAACCGAAAGACGAAUAAUUUGCUUUGCCAAAGACAUCACCAGGCUCUCUUCUUUUUGCCAGGCCAUUAUUUCUCUAUUGUAUCCUUUUACAUGGCAGCAUAUAUUCAUACCUGUACUCCCUCAAAGUCUCAUUGAUUAUGUAUGCAGUCCGGUUCCAUUCGUCAUAGGAGUGUUGAGCAAUCAUAAACAAUAUGUUGACGAGCUUAGAAAGGAAGGACAAAUGGAGUCUGAGGUAUUACUUGUUGAUUUAAACUCUGGAAAAGUAGUGGAACCAGCUAGUUUGAAAGAUAACAAGAGUAUAAUUCCUGAUGUAAAAGAAUUUAUCAAAAAAUUAUCCAAAGUAUCAAAGGAAAUUACAAGCUCAAAGUCAGGUUCUAACCAAAUAGCUAUGGCAAAGGAUACAUUUUUACUAUUUUUCGUAAAUCUUUUUGGAGAUUACAAAGCAUAUGUAAAACCAAAUCAAGAGUUCUAUUCUGUAACAGAUCCCAAGAAAAAGAAGGACAUACCUGAGUGGAUCUUUGAUAUUCCUCUAUUUAUUGAAACCAAAACCAAACAGUUCAAGAAAAACGGAAAGUUUUUCACAGUUUUCACACAAUGCCAAAUGUUUGAACGGUGGUCCUCUGAAAUAGCGAAUGAAACAUUGAACCAGAAAAAAGGAAAUACCAGCGAGUAUGGAUUAUUCGAACAAUUAUCUGGCACAUUUCAGCAACAGAUCACAAAUGAGCUGUACAAGAAGAAGUAA